AAAAAGGUAGCAGAAACUACCGAGGAACAUAAGCAAGAGUUGGAGCAACCUGUAAUAGCAGUAAACAUAGAAGCUGCAUAUCCAACUGGUAAAAAUAUCACUACUACUUCGCAAAGUGAAAGUGGUGAGAAUGUAGGGGCAAAUUUCAAUUUGCACCAAGAGUCGGAACGACUUGUAAUAUUAGUAAAUAUAGAAGCAGCAUAUUUAGCUAGUAAGAAUCUCACCUCUAGUUCUCAAAGUAAAGAUGAAAUUAGUGUCGAGCUACAAUCGGCCACAACAUUAAGCAAUUAUGAAAAAGAACUUUUGAAAAAAUUUUGCACUAAGAUGAUGUUUUCUGUCCAUAGUGCUUUCUGGUGGAAUGUGCUAUCAUUGCAAAGGUGA